AUGUAUAGAAGCAACAAUGUGGCUGCUAGGAUCUUCGAUCGCCAAAUCGCCACUCCUCCUCCUGGAACCAGCUUUCAUUGUGUUAGGCGAUUCUAUGAGAAUAUAGUUCCGAAUCAUACGGUUUACGACGUUGAAUGUCCGGACCAUUCCUUUCGCAAGUUUACCGUUGACGGUCAAUACCUAAUUACGUUCAGCAGGAAUCAUCGCGAUUUAAAUGUUUACCGCCCAAAAUGGCUCUCGUUUUCUUACAAAGGAGAUGAAAUUGAUACGUUUCUAGACUUUCCUUCCAAUGCUCAGAAGUUUGAGAGCUUUUUCAACCUGAUUUAUUCCGUCUCCCUUGCGUCCUGCAACGAGCUUAUCUGUAAGGACUUCUUUAUUUACAUGGAGAGUAACCGAUUUGGGCUUUUUGCUACCUCCACUGCUCAAAUCCAAGAUGCUCCGGCCGUCGGUGGUGCUGUUCCGGGAAUUCCUUCUAUAGACAAGAUUACGUUUCAUCUCCUGAGACUAGAGGAUGGAGAAAUUCUUGACGCGAAGGUGUUUGUCAACGAUUUUGUGAAUUUGGCUCACAAUACGGGCGUCUUUCUCUACGAUGAUCUAUUGGCGAUUGUAUCGGUACGCUACCAGAUUAUACAUAUUCUUCAAAUUAGAGAUUCCGGCCACCUUGUUGAUGUACGAGCUCUAGGCGCUUUUUGUCGUGAAGAUGAUGAACUUUUUCUCCAUUCUAGCACUCAGUAUGUGGGGGUAGCUGAAAGAAGCAGAUUGCUUGCGGGUGAUGUUGAGAAUGGCUACCAUCAUAGCCCGUCCAAUGACAAUUCUUUUCUGAGUGGCCUCAAACAGCGGUUGCUAUCAUUUAUUUUCCGCCGAAUAGGGAACGAAGAAACAGAUCAUCGCUUGAGAGUUCAGUGUUUGGCGAAGAAUUUCUACUUUCAUUUUCAAGACUACAUCGACUUGAUUAUUUGGAAGGUACAAUUCUUGGACCGUCGACACUUACUGCUCAAGCUUGGUAGUGUAGAUGGAUGGGUUUCACGAAUGGCCGAUCACCACCGGGCAUUUUUUGCUGUGUAUGACAUGGAGACCACUGAAAUUGUUGCUUUUUUUCAGAAUUCAACAGACGACAUUUACUUUCUUUUCGAGCGUUUUUGUAAUCACUUCCAUGCAGCAUCAAGAAAUUCAUUGUGCUUGAAUUUCAUAUCAUCACACUCCAAUAACAUUCAUGCUCAAGAACAACUGAGAAGCUUGAAAAAUAAAGCAGUCAGCUAUUCACAGUUUGUGAAGAAGAUGCUGGUAUCUUUAAGUUGA